UUUUCCAUUCAUUGCAACUUGUUUGAUCGGCGCAUGAGGCGAUCGAACCUCACCACGGGAGCCGCAAUAACUACCGAAUUUCUCCUGUGCAGACCCAGGCAAAAAACGGCGAUCGGACACCGGCCAGGGAGGAAACGUCAUCGGAAUCGACCCCUUUAUCAAUCGCUCGCAUUUCCCCGGCUUUUUAGGGCAGAUGAACGGUUGUUUUUCGGUGGUGAAAUGCGGCAGUGAAUGACACCUUGCGUUGCUGCGGAUUUUUCCCAAUAGGUAACCAACGUACGUACGUUCGAGCUGCCGGGAGAUCUGAUCGAUUUACCCUCGUCAUCGUUGUCGUGUGUUGCCAACAAAUUCCCGCGGUAUGGAAACUCCAUUGGAUGUGCUCUCUCGCGCAGCAACCAUGGUCGAAACAGACCGGCCUGCAGGCAGUAAUGCGGUGCUACGGAGCGAAGAUCUCAGAUCGGAAGCCUCCAAGGAGCUGCCGUCCCGCGUCAACAGACAGCGACGCAGCACUGAGAGACGAGAGCUAGCCCAGGUCCUGCGGUUUGACGAGCUGCGCAAUGUGGGCAGCAGGACGGCUGCGGCAAGCAUGAUGGACACGACGGCGGCAGCGGUAUCCACACGGUGCGCCGGAACGCAAACGGAAAUCACGACCAUGAGGUUAGAAGACAAUGACGUGGGCGUCCCGGAGGUCAAUCCUGCCCUCCCCACCCCCAGCACCUCGCACCUCACCCCGUCCCCCACCCACCUCCCCACCCCGUCUGGCAGCGGCAAGGAGGCGCAGCAGGUCCGGCCCUCUGUCAUCACCUGUGCCCCGUCGCAGCCGAGAGAGGGCGCUGUUCGGGAUGGGCACUGUAGCGCAAACAGCCAGACCUUCGGAAGGACCAACGGUUACACGACGUCGUCCACGUCUACACAUCCAACAAACUGCCAUCGCCGAGAAAUUUCAAUAGGUGUCUGUGACCCUGUAAUCGAGGAGCACUUUCGCCGCAGCCUCGGCAAGGACUACAAGGAGAACUACGGAGCCUCCAAGCCCACCGGCUCCGCCGACGGCGUGGUCACCAUGAUCACGGGUUCCGUGGACGACCACUUUGCCAAGGCGCUGGGCGACAAGUGGCCGCAGAUCAAGAACGUGAUGGAACCGGCCAGGCAGUCGCCCCCAUCCUCCCCCCGCCUGGUUCACCCAGCAUCGGUCAUGUCCACGUAACACAAAAUGGGAUCGAACAAUUAAUACUCCACUCUCUGCACAAUGCUUGAGUUGUCAGCCAAGUUCAGAUUGUGCAAUUCCUCAUUAUUUGCAUGGUAUCGUUACGGGCUUGCUUUUCCCUAAACCAAAAAUAGGAGUCUGACUGUUACGAUAAGUGGUGCGACCGACGAAAGGAUGGAAUGUUUGUAUUGGUAUGUGUAAGAGUGUACAACAUGAAUUCAAUAUAGCAGGGGUGACAUUUCCUGAUUUCGGGAUUUUUAAGGAAUCUUUUUGGGAAUUCCUGAGGUUUUACCGUAAAGGUGUUUUUACCUAUAAAAAUAUUUAUAGAUAUACAAAAAAUCUUAAGGGGUGCCUUUUGGCAAAUAUGGAAAAUAUCACAGACCCUGCAUUGCUCUAGGGGCCCUCAGUGACUCUCAAACCCUUUGUCGAUAUUUUUGUGGAUUUUUAAGAAUUUUCCCCCAAUCUUACCCUUGUGAGAGACCAAAGUAUGUUGUUAAUAGGUGAUGCGAUUCUUGGAAGAUUUACCCCCAUCUCCUGAAGCAUAUUUUUUUGGCAGGAAGCCUUUCUAAAUCCUCCAAAAAUCUACCAUAUAGCUGGAGGCCAAUGGCACUCUAACAUGGCAUCAAGCCUCUUUGACUGUUUCCCAUAAAAUCUUCCCAUAACUUUUUGAAGUUGCUGGGAGGGAUUUGAAGGUCCAGGCCAAUGACAUGCCCGAGUCAUUCAAGCAGCCAAGAAAGUGGGGAUCACACAAGUUUUUGAGUGGAAAAUGAGUGUCAGAAUUUGGAAAAAGACAUUACUGGAUUUGAAACUCAGUCUAUUCAUUUCAAAAGUUGUCCCCAGUUUCAGGUAGUCUGACGAUCAGACAUUCAUGUGUGCAGAGCCGCACUACGAACGUCUGCUAUAUCCGAGCAUGCAAAUUUUAUGCGACCCUGCGCGCCAGCCAAUUGGAGUCGACUUCAGAAAUUGUGAUGCCAUUUUGAGCCGAAAUUUGGCCUAAGCUGUUGAUUGGUCCAUUGGCUGCCAUGUUUUGUAAUACGCCAACAGGUUACCAAAGACCUGAUAGAAGGCGCCUGCUGAAUGGUCAGACUCUGGAGGUCAAGAAGCAGUCUUGUUUUUGCAUAAUUAAUUGCCAAACCUGUGUGUAUGUCAUAGACGCUUGUGUGCAAGUGGAUUUUCCAUAGACUAAGUUUCAGGCAGAUAGAGUGAUUUUUUUUACUCAUUGGAAAUACGAGAGUACUGAAAGAAGUUGCGUGUUUACUCAUCAGGAAACUUAUUAACAAAUUUAACAGAUUUCAACUCAGAUUUCUGCAUAAUAUAGAUUUUUUCAAACUUCAACCAGAAAACUUAAACCUUGUUAGAUGAAAUGCCUUGACAUCAAAUGACCAAUUUAAAAAAGAAAUAUUAAACUUUUUUUCUUUCAUUCACCAAAUACUUUGCAGAAAGAAAGGGUGUACAUGCAUUGUAUUAAGUAUAGAAUCCGGUACACUGAAUCCAUUUUGUAAUUUCCAACCAUAGUUGAUUUGUUUUUCAAGACGAUACCUCGCUUUACUGAAAUGUUGACCUUUUGUUAUUGAUGGAAUUUUACAAUUACCUACAUGUGUCCCCUGUUUUUCACCCACAUUUUAAUCCAUGGUAAUUCAUUGUAAAUGCAAAUUUUAGAUCUAUUCUAUAUCCGUGAAUUCUUUCUCCAAAGUUUAAAAAAUUUCAUAACCCGUAAAUUUAGUAGCAAUUUGGCCCUGUGGAAGGCAACAGUCGUUAAAAACACAACCUUUUCAUGGUGAUGAGAAACAUAGGGGAAAAAAAUGUAUACAAUUUUGUACAAAUUGUUUGAUGUUUUUAUGUAAAUAUUCAUUGAUUUAUUGAGUUGGAUCGUAAAGAGGCACAAGGUUUUUUUUCCCCGCCUUGGGGACAUACAAGUGAAUUAUUUCAAGAAUGUGUUUAUUUCAGUCAGUGCUUCUUGUCAAAUGCAGGGUCUAAAGUAACUGAAUAGGGUGAGAAAAAAAAUUUCUGAAAAUCGAAGUGUGUACAUAAUAGUCAAAUAUUUAACACAUUCCUGAAAUUAUUCAAUAUUAAAUAGAAAUGCUACGGAAAUUCUUGUCGGCUUAUGGGCGUGUCAGUCGUACUGUGCUGUAUUUUUUUUGGUACACAUAUUUUUAUUUUUUUUUGAAUUAAAACUCCAAGGCAACAAUACCUUCUUCCGAUACAAAGAGACCAAAUCUUCGUUGAAAUAUUUCACAUUCUGGAAGUUAAGUUAUGGGUUCCAUAUUUUUUCUUCAUUGAAAUGUGUACGCCAAAUUUGGAUUUGAAUUUAAAAAAAUGCAAGAAUUGAAAGCUCAUUUUAUUGUCGUAUAGGUCUGAUAUCUUACUAUUGAAGCAACAACUUCGACAACUAUAUUCGCAGAGCAAUAUUUCAAUGUUUUCAAUAUUUCAUAUUCCACACAAAGAAACAUAGACCCUUUCUCUGUAUAUAACUGUAAUUAUCUAUUGCAAAAGUGCGUUGUAUAUAUCAGUAUGCCAUAUAUUAUAUAUAUAUCAAACUAAUUGUUUCCAAAUUGUUAAUGUUUAUUUUCACGGGAUGCUUUUUACAACCUAUCAUAAACCAUACCUCUUGAACAACAACCUGAGAAACUUGUCCAUUUCUGGGAAAAAAAAGUUUGUUUGAAGAAUCCUUAUGGAUUUAUCUGCUUUUUAAUGGAGAGGUUUGAAUGUAAGCGGUGAACUGUAUGCAUGUUACAUUUUGUCAGAGAGCCAGUUAUUAUUUUUUUUCAUUUGUAAAUAUUAUUGUUGCUUCAUAAUUAUAUAGUCCCAGUUAUAUUAAUGUUAUUAAUAUCCUGUCUUGGAAAAUAGAAGAAAAAGAGAGAUACACUUUUCCAAUAAAUGAGAAUUUCUUGAAUC